CCACAUCACAGCUCAGGAAAAAACAACCCUCUCCACGUGUAGCUCAUUCUUCAACUAGUUGGCCGCUUUUACACGAGCAGUUGCCGAAGCGGGGUCAAGAUAGGGUUCCUCGGAUUCCCGUGUCCGAUCUUCUCUUUUUCAUUUGUUUUUUUGUGAAGGAAGGCCUGGCCUCUUUUUGCUGCUGUAGGCGCCGGCCGGAUUGAAGGCGGUGUCUUAGGGUUGCAGUGAAUAAGAUGGAGAAAGUGGAAAAGGAGGAUUUUGACCCGUGAGAAAUUCUCGUUGUUUCUGGCCGUUUCUGAGAAAUGUUGGCGCAUGAUAGAGAUUGGGCUGGAGGCGAAGGCAAUUGAAAAGAGGGAUCUGCUCGAAUGCUCUAGCUAUAUUUUCAGAGUGGUUUAUUGAGUAAAAUCUAUCAUUUUUUACUUUUAAGAAUAUGAUCGCUUGAGAGUCUUCGUCGUGUUUCUCAGCGGAUAUGUUCGGAUGGUGGAGUUUCGGUUGGGUUUCUCUUGCAAGGUCUAUAAUUAGAAACAAGCGUUUGUGAUUUCCAUGGGCAGUGUGGGCUUAUUUAAGCGAGGCUGGAAACGGCUCCAUCCAAAGAAGCAGGCCUUUACGAGUAUCGGAGUUGCUGCUGGCUUCGCCAGAGAGAGGCUCUUGUUUCUAUUUGACCGCCACUGGCCGCUGAUCUAUAGAUUGUGCGUGAUUGCUGCUAGCUUUCUACUUGGGAUUUUGUCGCAGUGGAGAGAAUGCGCUGUUGGAGGUGUAAGGUCCGUGUUUACUUUAGGUCCAACAGCUCUAUUCGUCAUUCUGUGGAGUUGCUUCCUUUGCUUGGCUUCAACGACAUCACUAGUUUACGUGCUUCUGAGUCUGGGUGCUGCUUUAGUGGCCGUUAACUAUUUGAGCUUUACACCUGGACUUUUUAUUGUUGGGCAUUAUGGAGUUUUGAUCAUUUGGAUCUACGGAUACUUUUGGAUGAUGACAAUUCUAUUAAUAACUGCAGGUUAUAUGUUCUCGCUCAAUCGUGCUUACUUCUUAAUCUUUCUGGCAACUGCAUAUUCCAUUUAUUCUGUCUAUAUGCGGGUGGGACUACUAGGAGUUCUCCUGUCGAUGAAUCUUUCGUUCAUCUCUAAUUAUAUUUUAAAUAAGAUGCACCAAAGAUACAACUAUACUGAUGAAAGCAUACAUGUGGAAGUGCAAAAGGAUUCAGAACCAGUCAUGGAAGACUUUUCUGUUGACACUGAAUAUUCUCCUCCAAUAACAGAACCUGAACAUGUGGAGUGUUCUAAAUCAGCUUGCACUGCACCCGAGGUAUCAAGUAUUACAAAUACUAACAAGGAUGCUUCCCCUAGUAAGGUUGUUGUAGUCGAACCAUCUGCAUUGGUUGAGAUGAGAAGGAUAAUGAGCUGUUCAAACCAUUAUGAAGUUCUGGGUUUUCUCAGGAACUCAAAUAUUGAUCCUAAGAUACUAAAGAAGGAAUACCGUAAAAAGGUCUUGCUUGUGCACCCUGAUAAAAAUCUGGGGACGGGAAGUUCACUAGCAUGUGAAUCCUUUGACAAGCUGAAGUUCUCAUAUGAGGUUCUGUCAGAUUUAACUAAGAAGAAAUACUAUGAUGAACAAUUGAGGAAGGAAGAACCUGGUAGAGUGUAUCAGAGGUCUUCCACUGCAUCUCAGAAGGUUGAAUUCUGUUCAAAAGAAUCCAGGCGCAUUGAGUGCACCAAGUGUGGAAAUUCUCAUACAUGGAUAUGCACUAAUCGAAAUAAAGCCAGGGCAAGGUGGUGUCAGGAUUGCCUCCAGUAUCAUCGAGCCAAAGAUGGAGAUGGGUGGGUGGAAACUCGGCACUCGACAAUUAUGGAAAUACCACGAGCCUAUGUAUGUGCAGAGAGCAGGAUAUUUGAUGUGUCGCAUUGGGCAAUUUGUCAGGGAAUUUCUUGCAAGCCUAAUAUUCACGGACCAACCUUUCAUGUGAACAAGGUUAGUUUGGAUAGGACACAGCUGCGAUCUAAUCCUUCUAGAUAUCCAUGGGGAUUAUAUGCUGAGAUGAUUACAGAGGACUGAGUUUGAGCUGUGGCUCCAGAAAGCUUUAGCAUCUGGCAUCUUCUCUGAAAGUCCAAAGCUGUAGAAACUACUGGCCAUUUAAGAUCAACCAGAUAAACGGAUAUGAUGAAGCCUAAAGAGGUAAAGUUUAGUUGAAGAACUGGCUUGUGUUUUUUGCGGACUGACAAUUGACUGGAAGAGCUUGAUGGCAUUUAAAAUUUCACCUUUUCAUCAAGUCAUGGCGUAGGCUUCUUCAUGUUUACUGAUCUUUUAAUCUCUUGGUGAUGGAACCUAAAUCUGAAGAAAGAUAAAAGCGAUAAAUUCAGCAGAUGCUUGCUUACAAGUGAUGAAUAGAAGGAAACGAUUGUGGGGAAAAUAAGGAAAAUACUAAGUGGAUCAUUUGUGAAUAGUUGUAACCACACGGUAAGCUAAGCAGUAUCUUCUCAUAUGUUAUACUCUAUAAACGGCUCAAAAGUAUAGCUAUUCCACAGCUACGAAAACUUGUAAAGCAAGAGUACUGUCAAUUGAAUUAAUCACAAGGAAAGUGCUUUGGUAGUC